CAAUGCCAAGUGCGAGGUGGACGGCCUCAGAAUCAAGACUUUUUUUUUUAAUUCUGUGAAGUCAAAGUGUCUUGAAGAGCUCCAACAAUGCGAGCCAUCUUCAUCGUGGCUCUAGCCGCCUUGGUGGCCUUGGCGUCCGCUGCCGCACCAAGAACCAAGCAGAACGUCGAAGCGAGUCGCAAGCUGGUACAGCAGAUGCUGACCAAGCGACUGUCCCCGAGUGUCUCCCCGGCGGGCCCCGCCAAGCGGAUCGUGAUCGAGAACUUCUUCACCACUCGCAUCGAUCACUUCAACGCGCAAAACACGGACGAGUGGACGUUGCGGUACUUGACGCUAAGCGAUUGGUACAUGCCGGGUGGGCCGAUUCUGAUCCACCUGGGCGGCAAUCAGCCGAUUCAGCCCAACAUGGUGGACGAGUCCUCGUUGAUUUACGAAAUGGCCCGUGAGAUGCACGGAAUUGUGUUUGCGUUCGAGACGCGGUUCUACGGACAGAGCUGGGUUACCGAAGACGUGAGUACCGACAACCUGCGGCUCUUGAACACCGAUCAAAUCCUCGCCGAUCUUGCUGAGUUCGUCAACUACGUUCGACUUGAUGUACUGAAGAAUGAAUACGCUCACGUGAUGGUGGCCGGUGCAGGCUUCGGAGGAUCGCUCGCCACGUGGUUCCGCGUGCGCUACCCUCACUUGGCGGAUGCCGCCUGGUCUUCCGGAGGUCAGCACAACGCCCUCAUGGACUUCCAGGAGUUUGCCGAGGCCUGGGGCGAGACGCUGAUCGAUCACGGCAGUCAAAGCUGCUACAACGAGAUCUUCGUUGCGUUCCACGUGAUGCAGAACUUGAUCGAUGCCGGUUUAGAGGAGAUAAUUUUCGAAAAGUUCAACAUCUGCCACGAACUCGACCCGGAAAAUACGCUACAGAUUCAGUACUUCUUCAGCACCAUGAUGACCGCCAUCGAGAUGUACACGCUGCGCAAUGGAGAUCUCACCGACUUCUCCGAAGUUUGCACCGACCUCACGGAAGUGGACAUGCCCACAGCGGUCGACUCCUUCGCCAACUGGUUCAACACCAAGUUCGCCGAAGACAUUGGCUGUGUCGUGUCGGAUCUGGACUUUGCCAUCGAAGCGUUCAGCGAAACCGACUGGAACUCGGCCUUUGUCCAGCUCGGCGCUCGCCAGGCCCUGUACCAGGAGUGCACCGAGUUCGGUUGGUUCCUGACAACCGACUCGGACAACCAGCCCUUCGGCAGUCGCGUCAACCUGGAGCUCUACUCGGAAACGUGCCGGCGCGUGUUUGGCGAAUGGAUCACGUACGAGUCCAUCUACUACGCGACGCAGCGGGCCAACAACCGGUUCGGAGCUCUGUCCCCGCGAAUCAACUUUAUCCACUUCACGCACGGAGCAGAAGAUCCGUGGCGGAUGGUCAGUAUUAGAAACGAUCUGAACACGGAAGCGCUGCUCGAUGUCAUCCCGAAUGAACUGGCCGGGUCGGAUUUGGGGGCCAUUUCGGAGGAUGAUUCCGAAGAGCUGCAGGAGGUCAAGCGUAGGGUGAAGGCACUGAUGAGCUAUUAUCUGUUUCCGGCGGGACCAAGGAAGAUGGCGAAGGAAGAGUUGACAGCUGGUGAAUUAUAAGUAUUUGUCUUGAUAAAAUAUUUUAAAUAUUGAAAAAAUAAAAAAAUAA